GGACGAUACACGCCGCUCUCUUUCUCCCUUUUCUCGGUUUCUCUUUGCUUUGGGCGCGCGUUCUCUUCUCCUCUCGAGGGAGAUAAAAUCAUAAAAGAAGGACAUGCCGAAGGGUCGAAGGGCCGCCCGGAGCGCCGCAGGCCGCGGCGGCAGAGGGAGCGGCGCCACCGAGCUGGACGACGCGGAGGUCGGGUUCGCGAAGCUCCAAGGCGAGGAUUUCGAGUACUACAUGCAGAGCUACUCCAUAAUCUUGGGGAGGAACAGCAAGAAAUCGGAGGUGGACGUCGACCUCGCGAGCCUCGGCGGCGGGAUGAACAUCUCCCGGCACCACGCGCGGAUCUUCUACGACUUCCCGCGCCGCCGCUUCGCCCUCGAGGUCAUGGGAAAGAACGGGUGCGUGGUGGAGGGCGUCCUCCACGUUCCCGGCACGCCCCCGGUCAAGCUCGAUUCCCAGGACCUCCUCCAGAUGGGGGACAAGCAGUUCUACUUUCUUCUCCCCUCCCGAUCAAUCUUUGAGACCGCCCGGAUCCCCCGCCAACCCGCCCUCCCUGCCCUCCCGGCGCCCAGGGGCCGGCCGGGGCCGGCCGACUAUAGGAGCGGCAGCUACGGCGACCGCCUCAAUGGGAGCGGCGACGAUGAUGAUGAGGAAGACGAGGGGAAAGACGAAGACGAGGAUGAGAAUGAGGAGGAGGAGGAAGAGGAGGAAGAGGAGGAGGAUGGGGAAGAGAUGGAGGAAGAAUUGGGGCAUGCCGUGUUUCAUGGGACCGGAAAGAGGUCGCGGGGGGCUUCGGUUGAUGGGCGGACGGAAGGGCCGGCUGGGCGGAUGGCGAAGGGAGGACCAUCAGGGCAUCUUGUAAAAAAGUCAGAAAUAAGGUCAAAAGCUGAUAGAGAAGCAGAUGAUCAACAACUUUUGCUGUUGGAAGAGAAUGAUGUCAUCUCGACUGUAGCUACUGUGCUGUCUGAUCUUUGUGGUCCUGGAGAAUGGAUGCCCAUGGAUAAACUUCAUGCAGAGCUUCCUGAUAUAGAUUGCCACUGCAGAAGCACAGGCUUGGAUGUGUGGAGAUCCAAGGUUCAGUUCCAAUUCAAAGUUCCACAACUCCCUCUUGCUCUAAUUAUCAGAAAUUACUGCCAUAGGCUUUCCUAUUUGCUCAACGGACUUUAAAGACAUUUGUCCGGUAAUGCAAAAUUCAGGCACUUUGACCAGCUUCCAGUACCAAGAAUCAAGUUUCACGAUUUGGUCAGUUUGGUUGCAUGUGAGAAUACUUGGAAGUGAUUUCUUGGAUUGUCAAGUUUCAGAUAUUUGGCAUGAUAGAACCGAGCAUUGUAAGUUGUGAAAGUGAAAUGGUCUGAUCAAACAUGCUGAAGCAUCAGCACUAUGGUUAACCAUAUCUUAUGAACGUUGAUCAUGGUCAGACAUAAUGAUUAAAAUCUAAGCAUUGUCAUUGUCAACUUGAGA